GUGACAAUAUAAUAAUAGACGGAAUAAGUGCUAAUUGUACUCCACACAACCAUCACAUGGAAAUUCAGUUGAAACUUUGUAAUGGUACAGUGGAAUGGACAAUAGCACCUGGACAACAAGUGCAAUCAUGGAAUAUAACUAAUCUAUCAAAUCUAACUUGUGGACUAGUAGGGAUCGACCCAGUAAGAGGAGCACAAGCUAUCACCGACAUGCAGUCACAAGGUGGAUUAUAUGGAUUACGUAAUCGUGUAUUUAGUUUAGAUUUAGUCGAUGAGGUGGACAUAAUGGCUAGUGGAUUUCAUAUUCCCGGAAAGGACAUUCCAAGAACUUAUGUAUUUCAGAGAAUACAAACAGCACUAAAUGCAUUAGGAUAUGCACAAAAUUCUUGGACAGGAAAUGAUUCACAACAUAUUGGAGUAACUGGAAAAAUAAUAAAAUAUGAAUAUAGUACAAUUGUUUAUAAUUCGGUUAAUGCCAUCAUAGCUGGAACUAUGACAAUUUUUAUAUUUUGUAGCACCAUUCUCUUAACAACACAAGUAUAUAAAAUUACUUGGGCAGGAACUUCAAGCCAGACAGCAGCUUUAUUACUACGAAAUACUGGAAAUUCACUAUACGGAGCUU